AUGUGGCUUUAUGAUUUUUUGCUUGGUUUUGAGGUCAAGGGGCUUUUCCUUUUUAUUUUCAUUUUUAUCAUAAUAGCAGAUUUCCUCAAAAACAGGACUCCUCCAAAUUAUCCUCCAGGACCGUUGGCUCUUCCCCUUGUGGGGAAUUUCUUCAGUGUGGACAUGAAACAUCUACAUAUUUAUUUUACCAAGCUGGCUGACGUCUAUGGGGAUGUGUUCAGCGUCCGACUCGGAAGUUUCAAGAUAGUGUUUGUGUCUGGGUACAAGAUGGUGAAGGAAGCCAUAGUGACACAAGGUGACAACUUUGUGGAUCGACCGUACAGUCCGAUGAGCGACAGGGUUUACUCAGGGGACUCAGCUGGUUUGUUCAAUAGCAAUGGUAAAACAUGGAAGAGACAGCGACGCUUUGCUUUGUCUACCUUACGUACCUUCGGCCUGGGCAAAAGUACCAUGGAGCAGAGUAUCUGUGAGGAGAUCCGACAUCUGCAGGAGGAGAUGGAGAAGGAGAAAGGUGAACCUUUCAACCCAGCAAGUCUCUUCAACAAUGCUGUGUCCAACAUCAUUUGCCAGCUUGUGAUGGGGAAGCGGUUUGACUACAGCGACCACAACUUCCAGAUCCUGCUGAAGUAUAUUUCGGAAAUAUUUCUGCUGCAGGGCUCAGUUUGGGGUAUGCUGUAUGAGUCAUUCCCCGGAGUGAUGAAGCACUUGCCAGGCCCCCACAACCAAAUAUUUGAUAAAUUCAACACCAUCAUAGACUUCAUCAGUCAGGAGGUAAAGAGCCACAAGAAAGACCUGGACCACAGUGAUCCCCGGGACUACAUCGACGCUUUCAUCAUUGAAAUGGAGAAUCACAAGGAGUCUGAUCUGGGCUUCACUGAGACCAAUCUGGCUAUGUGCUCUGUGGAUAUGUUCACUGCUGGAACGGAGACAACCACCGCCACUUUGCUGUGGGCUUUGGUUUUCCUCAUCAAAAACCCUGAUAUCCAGGACAAAGUUCAGGCAGAGAUAGACAGAGUGAUUGGACAGACCCGACUGCCCAUUAUGGCAGACAGACCCAACCUGCCCUUCACCAAUGCUGUCAUCCACGAGAUCCAGAGGAUGGGGAACAUUAUUCCUCUGAAUGGACUCAGAAUGGCCGCCAAGGAUACAACACUGGGAAGUUACUUCAUACCCAAGGGUACGGCCUUGUUGCCCAACCUAACCUCUGUGCUGUUCGACAAGACUGAAUGGGAGACUCCAGACACCUUCAACCCUGGACACUUCCUAGAUGAUGAGGGAAAGUUUGUGAAGAGAGAAGCUCUCAUGCCUUUCUCUGCAGGGAAACGGAUGUGUAUCGGAGAAGGCCUCGCCAAGAUGGAGCUGUUCCUGUUUUUGGUCGGUUUACUACAGAAGUUCUCUUUCUCCGUUCCUGAUGGAGUAGAGUUGAGUACAGAAGGAAUCACUGGAAUUACACGUAUACCGCACCCCUUCAAGGUUUACGCCAAGGCUCGCUGAAUUACACAACAUCUCAUUGAAUCAUUUUUCAUCUAAACAAUAUGUAACAGACAAGACUAAGCAAAUGCUUUAGGAGAAAAAGCUGUAGUUACUUUUUGAUCUCAACCUUCUGUUGUAUCAUUGCCUCAUCUACUGAGGGACUGUUUAUUUUCUCUGUCUGUACAUUUAAUUAUAUGUGACAAUGCUGAUUUUACAUACAAAUAUGAUUGCAUUAAUGGCAGUGUGUAUAAGACAUUUCCCUUUGUCCUUAUUGUUAAUGUCAAAAUGUAUAAAUAUUUCAUAAACUUAGGUUCUUUAAACACUCUUUACAAUCAAGCUGUAUUGUAAUACGUUUCUUACACUAAUGAUAAUCAGUUAUGUCAUGUAUGAGCCAUCACUUAACAAUAAACUGAAGUCGUUAAACUAUUCAAAUACAUUGUUAAUGAUUAAUAAAUGAUUUGAUGAUUUGUUUCACAAACCUGGUUGAAGUCUUCCGUAAAAACACAA